CGCCAGGCAGCAGGUGUUGAGCACGCGCUUGAAAGUUAUAGUUUCGGUGGAAUUGGCUUGGAAAGGUUUGGAUUAAAGAGACGUGAUGUCCGGACGUGCGAGAGCCCGAGCCCGGGGCAGAGCGCGCGGCCAGGAGCCUGUAGCUCCAGGCGCGCAACCACUGCCAUCUCAGGAGGUAGCUCGACCUGUGUGGCCGCCGCCCAUUGAAGGAGAGAUUGUAGGGAGGGGAAGACAGAAAUCGGCCCCGGGAGCGGUGACAGCAGAAGCUGUACUCCAGAUUUCCGCAGGCUUCCAGCAAGUGAAGCUCGGGGAGAGAGGAGGACGCAGACGGGACUUCCAUGAUUCUGGAGUUAACACUCGGCAACUUAUGGAACAUGUCAAAGACUCCAAGACGGGAUUGUCUGGCUCACCCAUUGAGCUCAGGGCGAACUUUAUGCGCCUGUUGUCUCGGCCCCAGUGGGCUCUGUAUCAGUACCAUGUGGACUUUAAACCUCCCUUGGAGUCUCGGCGUGUGCGCUCUGGUCUGUUGUAUGAUCACGAGGAGCUACUGGGCAAAACGAUGACCUUUGAUGGAACCAUGCUCUUCCUGCCUCACCGACUUCAUAACACUGAGACGGUGCUGUGGACGGAGAGCAGAUCUGGAGAGAAAGUCCAGAUUACAGUCACGCUGACUAAUGAGCUGCCCCCAUCCUCUCCUGUGUGCCUGCAGUUCUACAACAUUAUCUUCAGGAGAAUUCUGAAGAUUCUCAACAUGCAGCAGAUCGGUCGUCAUUACUACAACCCCGAGGACCCCCUGAACAUCCCUCAGCACAGGCUGACCAUCUGGCCUGGCUUUGUCACGAACAUCCUGCAGUACGAGUCCAGCGUCAUGCUGUGCCUUGAUGUGAGCCAUAAGGUUUUGCGCAGCGAGACAGUUCUCGACUUUAUGGCAAGUCUGAGACAGCAUGGAGACCAGCACUUUGUUGAAAAAUGCACCAAGGAGCUGGUUGGAGUCAUUGUUCUCACCAAAUAUAACAACAAGACCUACAGGAUUGAUGACAUUGCUUGGGACCAAACGCCCAACAACACCUUUAAGAAAGGAGACACUGAUGUAACUUUCAAAGAGUACUACCAGAAGCAAUACGGUCUGCAGAUCACCGAUGGGAACCAGGUUCUGCUGGUCAGUCACAUUAAGAGGCUGGGCCCUGCAGGAGCUCCUCCACCAGGACCUGCUCUACUCAUCCCAGAGUUCUGCUACCUCACAGGUCUGACUGAUAAGAUGCGCAACGACUUUAACAUCAUGAAGGAUCUUUCAUCUCACACCAGACUGACCCCAGAGCAGAGGGAGAAUCGCCUCAGCAGAUUCCUCGGCCACAUGAGCAAGAAUGCCAGUGUUCAGUCUGUGCUCAGCUCAUGGGGUCUAAGCUUUGAGAACAAGCUGCUGAAUCUGACUGGAAGAGUUCUUCCUGCUGAGAGGAUCCUACAAGGACCAAAAACAUACGAGUACAACCCAUGGACUGCAGAUUGGUCUAAAGAGAUGCGAGGUCUUCCUCUGAUCAGCAGCAUGCCUCUCGAGAACUGGCUGCUGUUCUAUACGCGCCGUAACGCUGACAUCGCUCAAUCCCUGCUGCAGACCCUCAACAAAGUGUCCGGGCCCAUGGGUAUCCGCGUACAGAGGGCAGGAAUGAUUGAGUAUGAUGACCGACAGGAGGCUCUGCUGAGAGCUCUGCAGCAGAAUGUGGGGCAGCAGGUUCAGAUGGUGGUUGUGAUCCUGCCCACCAACCGUAAGGAUAAAUAUGAUUGUGUGAAGAAGUACCUGUGUGUGGACUGUCCCACUCCAAGCCAAUGUGUGGUGGCACGCACCCUCAGUAGACCUCAGGCCCUCAUGACCAUAGCCACAAAGAUCGCCCUGCAGAUGAACUGCAAAAUGGGAGGAGAGUUGUGGAGCGUCGAGAUCCCGUUGAAGCAUCUGAUGAUCGUGGGUAUCGACUGCUACCACGACACUACUGCAGGAAAGAGAUCCAUUGGUGCGCUGGUGGCCAGCCUCAACCAGGGCAUGUCCAGGUGGUUUUCAAAGUGUGUCCUGCAGAAUCGUGGUCAAGAGAUCAUUGACGGACUCAAAGUGGCUCUGCAGGCUGCACUGAAGGCCUACUUCAAAUACAACAAAUGUUUGCCGUCUCGCAUCGUUGUGUACCGAGACGGCGUGGGUGAUGGCAUGCUGCACAGUGUAGUCAACUAUGAAGUGCCUCAGAUCAUGCAGUCCAUCAAGGCCAUGGGUGAAGAUUACGCGCCCAAACUGACUGUAGUGGUGGUGAAGAAACGCAUUUCUUCUAGAUUCUUCGCUCUCCUCGACUCCAGACUGGGCAACCCUCCUUCCGGGACGGUUGUCGAUACUGAAGUCACACGACCCGAGUGGUAUGACUUCUUUAUUGUGAGUCAGGCAGUGCGCUUGGGCAGCGUCGCCCCCACUCACUACAACGUGGUGUACGACAGCAGCGGCCUCAAACCAGACCACAUGCAGAGACUCACCUACAAACUCUGCCACAUGUAUUACAACUGGCAGGGGAUCGUCCGAGUUCCUGCACCGUGUCAGUACGCCCACAAAUUGGCCUUCCUGGUUGGUCAGAGCAUCCACAGGGAGCCCAGCAUCAACCUGGACGAUUUACUCUACUAUCUGUAAAGGGGAGAUGUCCUCAGCAGCUGCUUGUGUUGCCUGUUUCUGGUUUUGAGAUGUAUUCAUUCCAUGAAGCAUGACUUCCCCCUCCCCCAAUUUAUAUAUUUUUGUUUUUUUGGUAAAAUGCAGAUAUAAUUGUAAUUUGU